AUGGGGGAGUGCCCAAACUUCGCAAACGACGCGAUCAUCGUCUGUGAUGCAGGAGGUGGCACCGUGGACUUAAUUGCGUACGAGAUCCUCAGGGUGUCGCCGUUCGAAGUCAAGGCUUUGACCAAACCUUCAGGCAGCAUUGCGGGGAGCACCAUGAUCAACAAGUUACUGGAGGAGGAAAUCAAGAGAGCAGUUGGCGAGGAAGCAUUUGUCAGACUUCACAAAACUGAAGCGUAUCGGACUGCUUUGCACGAGUUUGAGGUUGCGAUCAAGGUCUCAUUCACAGGCAAGAACGACAGAGACAAGUUCAUCAGCUUUCCCAUGGCCAACCUCAAGGACAACCCGCAGCGCGGGAUAGUUAAGAAUUCCAUGAAGCUUUCUGGUGAAACUGUUUGUAGGCUCUUUGACCCAAUUGUCCACGAAGUCGACCGGCUAGUUACCGAACAGGUCAAUAAUGUUCAGCUCGAGCGUCUGCAGAACAAUCCGAGUAACCCGAGCGGCGUCAAGGCAAUCUUCCUCGUUGGUGGAUUUGGAGCCAGCACGUAUUUGUACGAAGUCAUCAAGAAGUCGAACCCAACCAUCGAGGUCAGACGGACAAGAGAAGCGUGGUCGUCAAUUAUCAGAGGUGCUGUCAUGAGCAAACUACCGAUGGGAGCCGCACCUGCUGUGGUCUCGACCAAAGCUUCGAAGCAUUAUGGCACAUGCUACCAUAGCCCUUACAACCCCAGAAGAGACAAAGGCUGCCCAACACACACGAGUAUAUGGGAUGAAAUCAUCAAAUGCAAGGUCAUGAGCUGGUUCAUCCGCAUGGAUGAAGAACUUCAGCGCGGUAAGAAGACAAACCAACGGUUCUGCCGUAGAUUUGCUGGUCACGACCCUUCCAGCUCCGAUUUGAUCAUCACCGAUAGGCUAUAUGAGUCUACAGCCACCCAUGCUCCAAUUCAUCCCAGCAAUGAAGUCAAACCCAACUGCGAACUGAUCACAGAUCUCAACCACGUCCCCAAAGAAUUGUUUCUGCGAAAGAAUCGUCGGUCGGACGGGAUGGCGUACAGUGAGUUGUGGUACAACUUGCAGAUCGAGAGCACUCAGGCGGGCCUCUUAAAAUAUUCCCUGGAGAUCGAGGGCAAGGAGUACUCGGCCGUGGAAGCAAAGUAUUGA